AUGACGCUCUCCUCCUACGAUGGCCGCAGCAUUGCCUCCAGCCGCACCAGCCACGACUCCAGCCCGCGCGUCGACAAGCCCGACCACAACCACGAGGACAGCGACGAGACCGGCACCACCCACCGCAUCGUCACCCUCCACGGCCGCUGCAGCAUGGACAGCAUCCGGCCGCUGAUCGCGCGCUACGGACAGGUCUCGCACAUGGGCAUCCUGGACCCGAGCUACAGUCUCUUCGUGAACACGACCCGCACCGCCGCGCUGUGCUUCAAGGUCUGCAACCGCGUCGCCAUAGUCUCCGGGGACCCCAUGUGUCCGCCGGAGCUGUUCGCCUCCGUGCUGUCGGAGUUCCGGGCGUGGCGGAAGACGCAGCGGUUAGGCUUGUCCUUCCUCGGGACGAGCGAGCGCAUGGUCGACUACGCCCACCAGACCACGACCGGUCACGAACACUGGACGAUCCUGGAGUUCGGCCGCGAGCGCGUCCUCGACCCCACCACCAACCCGGUGGUGCACGAGCAGCAGCAGAUGGGGAAAAGGAUUCUCAUGCAGAACCGACAGCUGCUCAAUCCCACCAAGGGCGGCAUCGAAUUAGAUGUCUACGUCCCUCCACUUCCCUCGUCCACCUCCCCCUCACUCUCAGCAUCCCAAUCCGAACUGGAAUCCAACCUCUCCGCCAUCUACACCAGCUGGUGCCACCACCGUAACACAUCCCAAGACACUCCCUCCCCCUCCCCUUCCAGCCAAUCCUCCACCCAGAAACCCCAGUCGCAAGCAUAUAUCACCACCUACACUCCGCUAAGCCACCCGCACCGCACCCUCCUCACCUACCUCUACACCCUCGACCCGACCACCAAGAAACCCAACGGCCUCGCCGUCCUCCGCUACCUCGGCGCCCACAACGGCUACCACCUCGACCCCUGCAUCGCGCUGCCCAACAGCCCCAAGGGGAUUUCCGACUUGUUGGUCUUCGCCGCGAUGGCCCUCCUCCGGGAGAUGGGCUGCCGGUAUUUAACCCUGGGGUUUGAGCCCUUCGAGGAGCUGGGGCGGCAUGGAGCUGGCGCUGGGGCUGUGGCCGGCCUAACCUCCCCGCUAAUCGAGCGCCUAACACGCCGGGCAUAUCGGUUCGCCUUCGCCCGCUUACCCGUGCAAGGAAAGCGGGCGUAUUUCGAUAAGUUCCGGCCGGAUCCGGAGAAGGAAGGGGGCUUGUUUCUGAUGUUUGUUGCGGAGGAUGAUCACCAUGAUCCUGAUCAGGAGUAUGGAAAGGGGAAUGGGAAAGAGAACGGAGGGGAUCGUCAUGGGUGGGACAGAUGGAACUUGAACCACCUCCGAAGACGACGGGCGGGGUUGCUGCUCGGGACUCCGGAGAUCCGGCAGGUGAUUGGGGUGGCGCAUUUUGCGAAUAUCCGGAUUCGGAGGGUGGUUUGGGGAGAUUUCAAGUUUGUGAGGUAGAGUAGAUAGAGGGGGCCAAGGGAGUGUGUAUAUAUGUGAACGACGGUGGAGGGUGGUACUUAUCGGAGCGUGCUGUUUUGGUGUUGCUUGGUUGGGUUGGUUGUAUAGCGUUGCGUUGGGUCUUUUGCAUAUUACAUAUACGGAGUCUCUAUACGUUAUGAGGGAUGGCUUGAGUUGAGUAUAUAUCUAUCUAUCUGUUGGUGUUGAUGUUGGAAUUAGACUAAAAUGUGAUUCGCAUGCAUUCUCUUUAAGCCUCUUGCUGUGCUUUUGAAUGUAUUACAUUAUAUGUCACGUUUCAUGAAGUAAGACAAUAUGGCCGAGCGGU